AUGUUUUUAUCUCAGAGUUUGUCUGUAAGGAAAAAACUUCAAAAUAAAAAGAAGGAAAUUCGUUCUCAGAUUGACCUUGCUUCCAAGGAGUAUAAUUUUGAGUAUGAAGAAGCCGCCUGCCGUCAUCAUAAAAUGCUUGCUCUUUUGUCUAAGCAGAAACGGCUUUCCGAAAUAUACUGUUCUUUCGACAAAAGAGAAAAUGAUUAUGUCAAGCAAGAGGUUAACGUUAUAAAGAAGCUCGAAGAGCUAGAUCGUUCUGAUGUUAUGACAACUGAUACCUCUGUUGUCGGUAAUUCGUCCAGUAUUCAAUUCCUAGUAAUGUCUUCUGAGGAGAUCGAUCGAGUAAUCGCUGAUUUCGAUUUCAACGACCCUUUCCUCCUGUCCGAGGCUGCAUAA